UAGUUUGUGUCCCAAACAGGAUACAGGAGCAUGAAUGUUAGUUUCAGACCCACACCACUUGUUUUUUGGCCACAUAUUGGUCAGAUUUAACUCAAAAACUCCCAGGGACCCUCUGGAUAUCAGUUAAAUUGUUGCUCUCCAUGGCAAUUAUGUUGUUGAGUUUUCUACUGCUGCUUAUUAACAGCUUUAAAGGAUCAUAUGGAGCUGAACAUGAAACGCUGUGCACUUCUAAUGCCUGCUUCACUUUACAUAUGGACAAGGUGGAGUUUGAGAAGGCCCAUCACAACUGCGACCACAAUGGAGGUUAUCUGAUGACAGUCAGAGACAGAGAAGAAGAGGAUCUGCUGCAAUCGUUUCUCUCACAGAUCCAAAGACAUCAGGACAAGGGCCUCAACUUUUGGAUUGGAUUAAAACUGCACAGAGGGGACUGUGUGUUAACUGAUAAGACUCUCAGGGGUUUUAAGUGGGUAUCUGGGGAGGAAGAUUCCCACUACUCCAACUGGGAAAAGGAGCCUCUGGGCACAUGCACUGAGCGAUGUGUAAGGAUUAAUUACACUUCAGGUCAGAACCAACUGAAAUGGGCUGAUAGCCCUUGCAAAAGCCCUGAAUUUUAUGUAUGUAAGUUUUAUUUCAAGGGAAUGUGUAAACCAUUGGCUUUGCUGGGGCCUGGACAAAUAACCUACACUGCGCCUUUUUCAAAGGAGCCACUAAGAAGUGAAAUGAAAUUGUUUCCAUUAGCAACAUUUGCGGAAAUUUCAUGUGGUGACCAGCAGAAGUCUCCUUACGCUCCUUACUGUACCAUCAUUGACGACACCUAUCGUUGGACUGACCCGGGUCCGUUUUGCAAAACAGGAGAGCAAAACUGCGCGAUCGACAACGGCGGAUGUGAACAUUUGUGCCACACGGACGCAGACAAGGUUCGAUGCUCAUGCAAAGAAGGUUACGACCUGAACAAUGAUGGACUUUCUUGCAGGAUAAGAGACUUGUGCGGCGUUAACACCUGUGAGCAUCAGUGCGUAAUGAGGGAGUCAGGAUAUUCCUGCAAGUGCCCAGAUGGGUUCAAACUGGAUGCAAACCAGCGCAACUGCUCUGACAUUGAUGAGUGCCAAUUACAAGCCUGUCUGGAUCAUGUAUGCGUAAAUACGCACGGCAGUUACACGUGUGAGUGUAGUGACGGCUAUGAAAUGGUCGACGGUAAGUGCAGUGAUGUGGAUGAGUGCACGCAUUCAAGAUGCCAGCACAGCUGCUUAAACAGCUUCGGCUCCUUUUCCUGUUACUGCAACGACGGCUUUACUUUAUCUGAGGACGGCCACUCGUGUGUGGACACAAAUGAAUGCAUCAAUAGUCGCUGUCAAUUCAAAUGCGUCAAUACUGCUGGCAGCUUCUUGUGCACCUGCCCGCAGGGCUUUCACCUGGAUACCACCGGAAUGACUUGCGCUCCAGAUGUGACAGCUGCUUCAUCAAAUGCUGACGAGGAAACACAAGAAAACCUCACAGAGUCUUUAACCAGAACAACAGUAGAGCUCCAGCACCAGUCCCCUCAUACUGACGCACCGCCUCCAGACCUGGUGAACGUUACGCACGGUGAUAAUCGGGGCAACGAAUCUGCGACUGCUAGUCUCGCCAAGACGAUCAAUUCCAGGGUGAUAAUCUGCGUCCUCGGUUCGGUCAUUCCUUUGCUGCUUUUGCUCGCAGUGACUCUGGCUAUAGCAAUUUUUCGUUGCAGUCGCUCCAAAAAAGAAGCCAAGAAAAAUACCACAACAGAUGGCUACUGUUGGGUGUCGUCUGGUUUGGACCCGCGUUUAGAGAAACUGUAUGAGUCCAUCCUUACUGAUGACCUAUGACCUGAUAGAGAUGGAGAAGACUUUGUACUCGGAUAUGUUGAUUAAUAUGUAUUUAUGUAAUUUAUGUCUCUCUCUCUCUCUCUCUCUCUCUCUCUCUCUCUCUC